UUCCUAAUUGCAUGCCCAAGCUCCUUUAAAAGGAGCAGCUCUGUUAGCAUCUAUACCAAAACCAGUUAGCAUUUAGACAUUAUCAGCCAAGAAAAAGUACCCUCCAGCAGUUAUGAAGACAGUUGUUCCUGUGGUGUGUGCUCUAUUGCUCUGUGCUGCAGAGCUAGCUCAAAGCCAGGGUGAGCCACUCUGUAGUCAGCUGACAAGAGAAACCGAGGACACUCUCUAUCACAACUUCCCUAGGAACAGUCUUCCAACCAGUACACUGGUGGAGCACAAAUGUGUGACCAGAAAUGGAAGAAACAGAGUACUCUACUCGUGUGGGAAAGACGCGAGUGCCGUCUUAACAGAUGCCCAGGGCAACACCAGAGAUAUCUCUCCUAGCACAAAUACUGUGAACCUGAGGAGAGAGGGACUCACUCUAGAGUGUCUUCCCCUUCCCCCCUCGGUACAACCUCCAGUGGCUCCUGUCGUGGAAGGAGGAGAUGUAGAGACACGUAAGCAGACGACUGGUUGCCCUAGCGUUGCUCCCAGCUCUAAACUAAGCUUCCACAUUGCCAGUAGGGGGCGUGUGUGUGAAAGAAAAUGCAUCGUCAGGACAAGCACCUUUGGACUUAUCCAAGAGAGAGUGAGGACGUACUACACCUGUUGCUCUGGAGAUGUGCCGACACCUUACAGCAGGGCACUGAAUAACUUCUAUGAGUGCCCAUCAUCACCUGGGAAACCAGAGGGACCCCCUGCAGAGACCCCGCUACCCCCUGUGGACAGAAUAAGACCCCUUCUGCCAGAAAUCACAAGACCAGUCCCUGUUGUGACUAAUAGACCCCCUGCUGUGACUAAUGGACCCCCUGCUGAGAUUAGUGGACCCUCUACAGAUAUGCCUGCUUGCUCUAGUGUUAGUGUUCGUCCAAAAUCCCGCAGCAGCUUUCACUCCGGAUCUGGGGAUGUCUGCGAAAGAAAGUGCACGUUCAAGACCAGCACCUUCGGACAUGCCCAAGAGAGAAUAAAUACAUACUACAGUUGUUGCUCUGGAGAUGUGCCGACACCUUUCAGCAGGGCACUACCAGGGUUCUAUAUAUGUCCCUCAUGAUCGAGCCCCCCAUGCAUGCACCCAGAACUAUAUAGCUAUAAUUAUAUAUUAUUAUAAUUAAUGUGACUAUGCAAAUGCAAACUCAUACAGUAUAAUUAUCACAUAAUUUUGUCAAAAUUUAUUAUAAAAGUUAAAUUGAAAAACCUGA